UAGGUAUCGGUGGACUGUGCAGGCUGUACACGACCACUCCACUCUAUGGAAGUGGGCCAUGGAAACUUUGAGAUGGUAGGUCUAUAUGAUCUAUUUGCUGACGGUGCCGUUGCCGUUCAGUCCUAGAACAAUGGAUGCAACGUUCCAGCAACUGCUGUACUGGGCUGUACCGAAUUUCCCCUGAUCCGAAUAGCCUGUCAUAUUAUGGAGGUGGGCGUGCAUUUGUCUGGACACCACGCAGCUAGCAGCUGGCUCCUGUCUCCCUCGUUGGGAUACACACGUGGACGUUAAUGCACGCGCUUGAAACGCGACAUGCACGCACACACCCCACCGCUUUUCAAGGGGGUAUUUAAAGUCAUGGGCAUGCCCUCUUGCGCUCUUUCUCAGACCCAGAACCUGACACCAUCAACCAUAGUGCCGAGCUGCUGAACCGUUCGUUCCUACACCAAUGCGUCUCUUUGGUGGCAACCAGAAUAGUUGGACGAACCAUCUGCUUCUCAAGGUGGCCAACAUCAUUGGCGCCAUCUUUGUGAUGGGUGGAAACGUGUACACCGUCAUUUCUCCUUGGGACGUUUACUAUUCAGGCAAGGAAACAUACUUUACUCCCGCUUCGUGGUCCUUCUUCGUAUGGCCUCUCAUCCACAUGCUUAUCCUCGGAACUUGCAUAUACCAAUUUUCCGGGAGAGGUAAAGAGGUUAUCAUCGAGCGUAUUGGUUGGAAGCUCCCGCUUCUCGAUUUUCUCAAUGCAAUGUAUGUCUACUCCUGGACGAUCCAAGAGUAUAGAUACGGCCUCGUGUUUAUAAUCUUCGCAGUGUCAGUUGUCGCACAAAUAUACAACGAUGUCAGAGAGAGACAGCUGCGAAACUUCUGCGAUGAAGUCUUCCUACACCUCCCAUUCUCUCUAUACCAUGGAUGGACUGUCUGCUUGGUUUUUAUGUCUGCUUUCGAAGCUUUUGGCGUGAACGCCGUCACCGAGCCCGCUGAUGUUUUGACGAAAGUUGCGGUGUUCGGUUCCCUGGUCUUGCUCCAAAUAGUGGAUUUCUCGUACGCCUACUCCGCCAUCGAAGGUGAUCUUCCCGCUUGUUUCGCUAUCACCUGGUAUCUGUUCGCGGUUGUCGUUCAACAGACUCCCGAACGUUCUCCGUUUGUCCAUUACAGCGCGCUUGGAUUUGCAAUCUUCUCACUUUGCUGGGUGAUGAGGUGCGUCAUCGGUUUGGAGCUCAAGUACAGGGGCAGGCGCAACAGGCUGGGCAUCGGCGAAGAAACCACGCGCCUCCUGGGUGGGCACUAAAUACAUUGCACUAAAUGAAUUCACCGCCCUACCUCUGAUUGCCUUCUCUCUUUGCUUGUACAUACAUCUAACAUGAUCAUCC